GAUUGUAAUACUCAAAAUGGACGGUCGGGUCGUUACAAGUUCUUAGAUUCUGGGCAAUCAUAACCAGGACAAGGCAUCAAUGCAUCAUAUUCCUCCCAAAGGUCAGUCAAUUUUGAGAAAUAUGCAGAAACUGAGGAAAUUCCCUGCGACAAAGUAGCUAUCUCUUUGUGCAGAAAAAAAAUGCGAGUUCCAUCUACCGUAUCAUAUUUAUCCUUCAAAUCUAUCCAGACCUUAUUCAUAAUCCACCUUAUGUGCACUUGAUUUAUACACAAUUCCACUGAGUAAUUCCUUGCUCACAACAUUUAUAAUCUAUGACAAAAUUAUAGCAUUACAUUUCUCCCAAAGUUCAUGCAAAGAUCGAUCAAAUUUGUCCUUAGUAAAGCAGUCAUCAACAAAACCUAAUUUACUCUUACCAAUCAAGCCUAUUUUCAUAUAUCUACUCCACAAUGCAUAGUUUUCAGUUCCAGUUAGUUGAAUCGAAAUCAAGGAGCUGCUUAGAAUGUCGCAUGGUUGUAGUUACAGGGGAUGAUGAUGAUAUAUGGUCGUUCCUAUGCUUAUUCCAGUUGAAAUUUCUUCUCCAAUUGCUAUAGCUGACAGAUUCAGUUGAAUUAAGUCUUUGUUUCAACGAAUUACAGACUCGCUAAUUACAUAUCGAAAAGUAAACCCUAGCUCAAUCGAACGGGGAAAUCACAGAUAAUCAACUAUAAAAUAAUUCUACAGAAAUGAGAAGAUGACAAUCACAUCGAGCAUGAAUCUAGCUCUAAUACCGUAAUAAAGAUAUGAGAUUAGCUCAAUGGAAAUGUGAAAAGAGAAAUGAACAAGAAGGUUCUAGAAUGAAUGCUCUAUUUGAGAGCAAAACUGAGCUAAGAUAUUUUCUCAAACCAUACUGAAUAUAAUAACAUAUGAUCUGUAUAUAUAGAUUACAAGUAAGAACUAACUAACUGUAUUGUUUUUCGUUAAUUCUCUAACAUCCAAUCCCAUAAUUAAUUAUAACUAACUAUCCAUCCUUUCACGUGCCAUUCCUUUCCUUAAUACUCCUAAAUUGAGAUCAAUUUAUAAUGGUAUAUUCUUAAGGUUAAAAUUAUAUUUUAUUUUAUUUUGGCAUAUACCAAAAAGUAUUCUUUACGUCUAAAUCUAUGACUAUAAGAGUAGAUUCUUAGGGUAAAAUUAAAUAUUAAAAGUUAUAAUUUUUAAAUAUAUAAAUAUGUUAUUUUGAAAUAUAUUAAUUAAAAAUUAAAAAGAAGAAAGUGUCCAUAGAAGACGUGAUAUUGUUUCACGGUAGUGGGACCAUGCACUUUGAAAAAGAGAUAAAACGAAAAGCAUUACUGUGGAGUGUGGAGUAAAGCUCCUGAAAUAAGAGGCAUGAAUAGAUCCAAUCCCCUGGAAACGACACCGUUUUGAGCUCUCUUCCUCACAUUAUUCGAAACGACACCGUUUUGGGUUCUCUUCCUCACAUCAACAUCUCUCCAAAUUCAUCCAUGGAGAGCUUCAAGCUCUCCUUCACCUCCAUCACAAUUGCCACACUAACAUUUGUCCUCGUUUACCUUCAAAGCCCCAGAAACUGCAUCAAUCCCCAUCAACUCCCCAAAUCCACCUGCGAUUUUAGUCACCGCGCUUUCACCACUGUAAACAAACACAAUCACCGUAUAUGGGCAACCAAAGCCUGGAUCCAAACAGUCCAAUCCUUCACAAUCCAAUUCCAAUCCCUCCACGCCCAAAAUCUCUUCUCCAAUCAGUCCCGGAUCUUAGUCGUCUCAGCCGGGGCGGGUCAUUCUGUUAUGGCCUUGAAUAACUUGGGUAUUUACGAUGUCAACGGUGUUGAGCUCGUGGACUCGCCUCCUCUCGUGAGCCGUGCGGAUCCACACAAUCUGCCAUUUUUUGAUGACGUGUUUGAUUUUGGGUUUGGGCCGUUUCUGGAAAGGGCCUUGUUUCCUGCCCGAUACGUGGGUGAAAUGGAGAGAACGGUGAGAAUUGGCGGCGCGUGCGUUGUGGUUGUGGAAGAGUGUAGUGGUAAAGAGGUGGAGGAGGUGGUGAAAUUGUUCAGAAAGUCGAAGUUGGUGGAGCUGAAGAAUGUGACUUUGGGCGGAGAAAAAAGGACGAGAAUUGUAGUGAAAGUUGUAAAGUGACUGAAUUUAUUGUGGCACGAAUACUCUGAUUUUCAUUCUUUGUUCAAUUCGGUUGCUAUUGAUUUUCUCUGAAAAAUUGCUGAUUUUUCAUAAUUUUUUGUAUGAUGUUGGUGUGUAACAUUUUUUAAUUUGUUAAUGAAUGAUGUAUAACUUAAAUCCA